UCCUCCCUCCCACCCCUCCAGCAGCGAUGGCAGAGGAACAACAACAACCACAACCACCGCAGCCCGAUGCCCAUCAGCAGCUCCCCCCCAGCACUCCUAGCCCGGGGGUGGCUCUGCCAGCCCUGGUGCCCGGGCUGCCGGGGAUGGAGGCCCGCGCGCUGCAACACAAGAUCAAGAACUCCAUCUGCAAAACUGUACAAUCUAAAGUGGACUGCAUUUUGCAAGAAGUUGAGAAGUUUACAGACCUAGAGAAACUCUACCUCUACCUUCAGCUGCCUUCUGGUCUCAGCAAUGGAGAGAAAAGCGAUCAGAGUUCCGUGUCAUCAAGCCGUGCCCAGCAAAUGCAUGCCUUUUCCUGGAUUCGAAAUACAUUGGAGGAGCAUCCUGAGACUUCACUCCCUAAGCAGGAAGUCUAUGAUGAAUAUAAAAGCUAUUGCGACAAUCUUGGUUACCAUCCAUUAAGUGCUGCUGACUUUGGAAAGAUCAUGAAAAACGUCUUUCCAAAUAUGAAGGCACGCCGCCUGGGCACAAGAGGCAAAUCAAAAUAUUGCUACAGUGGACUAAGGAAAAAAGCUUUUGUUCAUAUGCCAACACUGCCCAACCUUGACUUUCAUAAAAGUGGAGAUGGGUUGGAAGGAGCCGAACCUUCCGGGCAACUCCAAACUGUUGAUGAGGAAGUUAUCUCUGCUGCCUGCCGCCUUGUGUGUGAGUGGGCCCAGAAAGUAUUAAGCCAGCCAUUUGAUUCAGUCUUGGAAUUAGCUCGCUUCCUUGUAAAAAGUCACUACAUAGGCACCAAAUCGAUGGCAGCUCUAACUGUAAUGGCAGCAGCACCAGCAGGAAUUAAAGGAAUCACCCAGCCCUCUGCUUUUAUACCCACUGCUGAAAGCAAUUCCUUUCAGCCUCAAGUAAAGACUCUGUCAUCUCCUGUUGAUGCUAAGCAGCAGUUGCAACGGAAAAUCCAAAAGAAACAACAGGAACAGAAACUACAAUCUCCUUUGCCAGGAGAGUCUCCAGGAAAGAAACUAGAAGGAGCUACAACCAAUGGAGUAACUAGUAUUUCUAAUGGAAAUCCUCCAAUCCUUUCUCCACACCCUAUUGGUAUUGUGGUGGCAGCUGUUCCCAGUCCUAUUCCGGUACCAAGAACUAGGCAGUUGGUAACUUCUCCAAGUCCAAUGGGUUCUUCAGAUGGCAAAGUCCUUCCCCUCAAUGUACAAGUGGUCACCCAGCACAUGCAGUCUGUGAAACAGGCACCAAAGACUCCUCAGAAUGUUCCGGCCAGUCCUGGUGGUGAUCGUUCUGCUCGGCACCGGUACCCUCAGAUCUUACCCAAGCCAGCUAACACCAGUGCACUCACCAUCCGCUCCCCAACUACUGUCCUCUUUACAAGCAGUCCUAUCAAAACUGUUGUACCAGCUCCACAUAUGAGUUCUCUAAAUGUGGUAAAAAUGACAGCAAUAUCACUCACACCCAGCAACAGUAGUGCCCCUCUUAAACAUUCUCCCUCUGUGAACAGUGCAACUGGAACAAUAGAAGAAUCUAGGGCUGUUCCCCACAUCAAAAAUGGUUCUGUUGUUUCACUUCAGUCUCCUGGAUCCAAGACUAAUGCUGUGGGAACUUCCUCUGUAGAAAUAAAAAUGGAACCAGAGAUAUUAUUAGAUGAAAGUUCUAUACAGUGCCAAGAGAACUCCGAUGUGUCUAAAGCUGCUAAAGUGACCCCUCGUGGAUCUUUGGGGCAGAGAAGCAAUUCAGAGGGCACAGGACUGAAACCUUCAAAUGAAGGUGUAAUCGAAACAAAAGCAACUAAGGCCUGUGACCAGAGGACCAAAUGUAAAAGUCGCUACAAUGAAAUGCCACCAGUCACUUCAGGCAAUAAUCACAGCACACUCAGUCUCUCAGUCACCACUCAGAACUUACCCUUCACCAGCACCAAUUCACCAUCUAACGGUGACUCCACUAAUAAAGACACAAAAUUAUGCACUAAAAGUCCAAGGAAGAGACUCUCUUCUACAUUACAAGAGUCCCAGGUGCCUCCUGUAAAGAAACCCCUUGUGGAACAGCUCUCUGCAGGUAACAUGGAAGCUCAGAAGGGAAGUAGUAAUGCUAAAAAAGAUCAGAAAGUUCUCCCUGCAGCAAAAACAGAGAGCUCAGCAGCAGGUGCUCAGGUUCCUAGCAAGGUAACAAUAAAUGUUGCGGCAAAUCAGUCCUUAAAUUCUAAUGUUGUAAGUGCCAGUGAUUCAGCUUUAGAACAGCCAAUGAUAUCAUCAUCUCCAGAUAUAAAAGUUAAAUUAGAAGGAGAUGUGUUUCUUUUAGAACAUGACUCAAAAGCAGACAGCAGCUUUAAUUCCAAUGCCUGGCAGCAGCAGAUCACUCAGGAGUCUGAAUUUUCAUCUGCCAGCUGUGAACCGCAGCAAAUCAGUGUUAUGAACAUUACUGGUCACUCUGACAUUCAUGACCUAGAGAAGUCUGUUUGGGAACCACUGCAUUUAGAAGGAAUGCAGCAGGAAACCUAUAGCCAGCAGCUACACAGCCAGAUGCAAGAAUCUUCUCUGAGUCAAAUACAAGCACAGUCUUCACAUCAGUUACCUCUGCAGUCUGACCUAAAGGAAUUUGAGCCCACUGUUUCCCAGACAAAUGAAAACUAUUUUCCAUUUGAUGACGAACUUACACAGGACAGUAUUGUGGAAGAGCUAGUGCUCAUGGAGCAACAAAUGUCAAUGAACAAUUCACAUUCUUAUGGUAGCUGUUUAGGAAUGACACUUCAGAGUCAAGCAGUAGCUGCAGGAACGCCAUUGUCUUCUCACCCCAACAAUACCCACUUCUACCAUUCAAUCCAUAGCAGUGGCACUCCAAUUCACACACCUACACCAACUCCAACCCCCACCCCCACACCAACUCCAACACCAACUCCAACUUCUGAGAUGAUUGCUAGUUCUCAGAGUUUGUCAAGAGAGAGCCCCUGCUCUAGAUUAGCCCAGACUACCCCGGUAGAUAGUGCUUUAGGAAGUAGUAGGCACACACCUAUUGGUACUCCUCACUCGAACUGCAGUAGCAGUGUCCCUCCUAGUCCUGUUGAAUGCAGGAACCCUUUUGCAUUUACCCCAAUAAGCUCCAGCAUGGCGUACCAUGAUGCAAGCAUUGUCUCAAGUAGUCCUGUGAAACCAAUGCAAAGACCUAUGGCUACUCACCCUGAUAAAACUAAACUUGAAUGGAUGAAUAAUGGGUAUAGUGGUGUCAGUAAUUCAUCAGUUUCAAGCCAUGGAAUUCUCCCAAGCUAUCAGGAACUAGUGGAAGAUCGUUUCAGGAAACCUCAUGCUUUUGCUGUGCCUGGCCAGUCAUAUCAGUCUCAAUCCAGGCAUCAUGACACUCAUUUUGGUCGAUUGACUCCUGUCUCACCCAUACAGCAUCAGGGUACUGUGGUAAAUAAUACGAACAAGCAAGAAGGCUUUGCAGUCCCUGCUCCCCUUGAUAACAAAGGGAAUAAUUCUUCCCUCAACAAUAGUUUGAGAUGCCGAAGUGUGAGUCCUGCAGUCCACCGCCAACGUAACCUUAGUGGAAGCACCCUCUAUCCAGUUUAUAUACCACGAUCUAAUUUGACCCCAUUUGGAAGCCCAGUAACUCCAGAAGUCCAUAAUGUUUUCACAAAUGUACACACAGACACCAGUGCCAACAAUAUAGCUCAAAGAAGUCAGUCAGUCCCAUUAACUGUUAUGAUGCAGACAGCCUUCCCCACUCUUCAGAAACAAGCAAACAGCAAAAAAAUAACCAAUGUUUUGUUGAAUAAACUUGAUUCUGACAAUGAUGAUGCAGUAAGAGGUUUGGGAAUAAACAACCUGCCUUCCAAUUACACAGCAAGGAUGAAUCUCACUCAGAUUUUGGAAACUUCCACUGCUUUUCCUAGUGCCAAUCCACAGAAUAUGAUCAAUUCCAGCACUUCGGUUUAUGAAUUCCAGACACCAACUUACCUCACAAAAAAUAACAGCACGGAUCAGAUUAAUUUUUCUCCUGGAGAUAACCAAGCACAAUCAGAAAUUGGAGAGCAGCAAUUAGAUUUCAGUAGCACUGUUAAAGACCUGUUGGGUGGGGACAACCUGCAAGCCAACCAGCAGCUGGUGGGUCAGGUAGCAACAGAUCUCAGUAAUGUUGCAUCUGAUUUUUCUAGCGAUAUCAGAUUGUCUUCUGAACUCUCAGGCAGCAUCAAUGAUUUGAACACUUUAGACACCAAUCUACUGUUUGAUCCAGGUCGCCAGCAGGGACAAGAUGAUGAUGCUACACUGGAGGAAUUAAAGAAUGAUCCGUUAUUUCAGCAGAUCUGCAGUGAAUCCAUGAGCGCUAUGACUUCAUCCGGUUUUGAGUGGAUGGAAAGCAAGGACCAUCCCACUGUUGAAAUGUUGGGUUAAAUUCUGUUUUAUAAAAUGUAGCACACUGUAUCUAAUGACAGAUGUAUUGUAUUUGUCUUAAUGGAAGUGCCUCCCGCAGCAGAAACACUUGCUAUUAAUUGUGACAUUUUAAAAGGGUUUGCUGCAUUAAGUGGUUCCUUCUUCACUAGGGAUAGAUGAGACUUGCUUCUGUUCUACAUAAGUUUCUGAAGACAAUGGGUCUAUCAACAAACCAGUAUUAGGAUUAAAAUUUUAUGAUGUUCCCCCAUUUAACCACGUUUUUUUUAAUUAGUCGGCAGUUAACCAGCUUUCACAGCAGUGGUCCAGAUGAUUAUUUUUUAAAAUCUGUUUUAUUCCAUUAGUUGAUCUGCACAGAAUCCCAUUGGUUUUAGGCAUAAGGUUGGGUUUUUUUUUCCUUUUGGCACUUUUUAGAUAAGAAAUCACAGCUAUGAUGAACUAUAGAUAAGGCCAUUCUUAAACUAAGGAUAGCAUUCAGGUAAUAACAAGUGUGUGGUCUUGAAGCAUAGGGCUAUGGCAUAGUGAGAAAUCUCCAUAGAGCUUUCUCUUGCUUCAAUAGCAUUUACACCUAAAAUGAAGGGCUUAAAUAGGAGAAAAUAAUGAAAAUUUUAAUACUAGUUUAAGGAAAGAGCUACACUAAAUUUUUUAUUUAAAAAAUAAACCUAGUGUUAGCCAUUUAUAUUUGUGACCUCAUGUUUAGUCUUUUAAGUAUCAUUUUAAAAAGUUGAUUUUUUUUUUAAACAUGAAACAAAUAAUUCUGGGCACUGAAAUUUUAAGCACGUUACACAUGUUUCAUGUUUCAUUGAUAAUUUACGAUAGGGAAGUGGAAAUAAAAAUAUUUGUUUUUAAAUAGAAUGGCUACAUGAAAAUAUUAAAAUGUUAUUAUUUGAGAUUUAUUUUUAAACCCUUAUCGUAUGUUCUGGUAAUCAGGAAGGAAUUUUUUCCCUCCUCUCAAUUUAGUCAGCCAAUACUUUUGGAUCCUCCUGAAUACAAAAAUGCAGUUUGAUCACGAGAAUCUUCUGAAAAACACACAGGCAAGCAGGAGAAAUAGAAAAAAAUAAACUGGACUGAAAAUGGUUACCAUCUAAGGCCUGACUUCAUAAAUCCUUUAUUCUCUUGUAAAACUGCUGAUAUAAGUAAUACUUAACAAAAGAAGAAACUUUUAUUACUCACUUGCUUAUUUCUUGUAACAACCAAAACUGCAAGAGAAACACUCAGGAUUUAUUUUAAAAUUGCUUUUUUCUGCAUGCCACCUGUUUUGUUUUAAUGAAUAUUUAUAAAUUUCACAUCAGCAUAUGCAAUCUGCUAUCCAUUUAAGAGUUCAGUUCUUUAAGUGAACUUUUCAAGUUUACUGCAAAAUUGAUGAAGACAUUACUAUUAAGUUUUUAAAGUGACAUUAAAACCAUUUUAAAUACAAACACAAUGUUUUAACUAAGCUUUCCUUUAACUUAAUUAGUAAGCCAGUCAGAAUAUCACAAUCAAUGAAUAUUUAACAAAUGUGAUGAAGGGUUUAAUUUAAAAAGGGUUCAUUGUUCAGUAAAACUGCAAGGUAGGGGGAUCAAUACAUUUCAAUAAAUGGUGCUAGGGUUGGCUCAGAGCUUGUAUAUUGUACUAGUUAUUGGCAUUUGUGUGUGUUUGCUGUUAUGAUUUAAAAAUUGGUUAGGUACCUGUUCUUAAUGCUAGUUAUUUCUUUACUGUACAUUGAGACACAGCACUACUGCACACCAAAGUAUGCGAUACCCAAAGGAAAACUAUGUGACUUCUCUGACAAAUGAUGGGAGCCUCUCUGCAUGAGAAACUCGGAAGAGGGGAAUUCGAGGCCAUUCUGAUCCCUCGUUUACAUUAUUAGCUUCCUACUAACAAAACAAAAUAAUGGAAACCUUUUUUGAUAAAAUAUUAAGACUAGUGAAUUUUUACCCCCUGUACAGUAUUGCAGCAAACACUUUAAAUUUGGUUGAUUAGUCCAGCAAAUUUUUCUGGGGUUCAUAUAUUGCACUAAAUUUCUGUUGAACCUGUGGUAGGCACAUCUCUUAGGAUAAAUGCAACCAAUACAGUCCACAGAUAACUUUUUAAAUGUGUUUCAUUAUGAAAAGACAAAUGUCAUCAAAGUGACAGAUAAAAUUGUCUUAUGUAGCAAUGUGCAUUGAUCUCAAUGAGAUAUUUCUAUUUCUUAUUCUCUUACAUGAGAAUAUUACAGCAGGAAAAAAUUAAGUUUAGUUUGCUUCACCAUGUUAAUACAUGAUCACAAAGCGUGCAUGAGUGUUACUGACUUAUCUUGUACAGUACUAGGUAUAUUCCUGUAACCACUUUUUUUUUGGCUAUAUUGAAACUGGUUCAGUGUUAACCAGGUAAGCAUAGUUAUUCACAAGUUAUUUUCUCUUUUAUGUUGACUAAUUCUGCUUAGUUAUUGUUGAAUAUGUUCUUUUCUCAGAUUAUUUUCAUUGUUCUCGUGUUUAAAACAUUUUGCAUCAUUUUAUCAUGAUAAUACUUCAUGAAGUAAAUAAUUUUGCAUAUAAUUGCAAUAAGCACUGACUUUUGAACUGAAAAGAAGGAAAGUGUUUUUUGUGCAGUGCAUCUGAGGUUCAUAUAAUAGUCUUGUACUAUACUGUGCUUUACUGCACCAUAAGGAAAAAAAAAAUCCCUGUUCCACGUUUUCAUUUAGUGCAAAAAGUCAGAUUUCCCCCAGUGUUUUGUUGUCUGUUGUACCUGCUGAAACUACAGUAGUUGACUAUUGCAGUAGCAUUUCAGUUCUCCUUUUUUAUUGAAAGUGCUCAAGAAUUGUUUUUUAAAUGUUUUCAAAAACAAUAAAAACAUUUUAUAUUAAGAUAA